GAGAGAGAGCGAGUGGGACCAAGAAACAUUUGAAGAGACAGAGGGGAGGAGGGAAGGAGGGAAUGGGAGGAGGAGGAGAAAGAUCCGGAGAAAAAGUUUGAAAGAAAAAGAGAGACGUUCCAGUGGCCGGCUCGGUAGAAAGGGAAUAAGCGGAGGUUGAAAGAGAAGGCAGAAAACGGCACAAAGUCUGCGUGCGCGGGGAUUUUACUGCUGCCGGGGAGCCGCUUGGCACGCGCCUGCUCCUGUGUGCGUCGUCGUGCGGAUUAGAUGAGCCUGACUUCACGAUGAGGAGCGACCCUGUUCUGUUCACUUCCAGCAGGGCGAUGGAGGAGCUGGUGUGCGAGCUUCGUCUGUUCCUGGACCUGCUGGACAGGGAGUAUCUGAGCGCCGGGGUCCGAGAGAAGAAGAUGCACCUCUCCAACAUUCUCCACAGAGUCCUCUCUGACAAAGAGCCUUCAUUCAAGUCAGAGAUCCACAGUGGUCUGCCGGCCCCACCUCAGAUGCCCCUCCCUGAGAUCCCUCAUCCCUGGCUGCCUCCAAACAAUGGCCCUCCUCCACUGCCCAGCUCCUCUCUACCAGAAGGUUACUAUGAGGAAGCUGUUCCCUUGAGCCCUGGAAAGGCUCCUGAGUACAUCACCUCUAACUAUGACUCAGACGCCAUGAGCAGCUCCUAUGAGUCGUACGACGAGGAAGAGGAAGAUGGGAAGGGCCAGAAGAUGCAUCACCAGUGGCCGUCUGAGGAGGCGUCCAUGGAUCUGGUGAAGGACGCCCGGAUCUGUGCAUUCCUGCUGCGCAAGAAACGCUUUGGCCAGUGGACCAAACUCCUCUGUGUCAUCAAAGAUAACAAACUGCUGUGUUACAAGUCCUCCAAAGACCACACCCCGCAGAUGGAGCUGACCCUGUCUGGGUGUAGCAUCACUCACAUCCCCAAAGAUGGCAAGAAGAAGAAGCAUGAGCUGAAGAUUGUCCACCAGGGGGCAGACGCCCUGGUCCUGGCUGUGCAGAGCAAAGAGCAGGCUGAGGAAUGGCUCAAGGUGAUGAGAGAGGUGUGUGUUAACGGGAGCGUGGACUUGGAUGGAGCUGGAUCUGGAUCGCCUGUGCACAAACCUGAACUGGAAAAGAGAGCAUCAUGCGACAGGCCGAGCUCCGACGGAGAGGCGACCCACGAGAACGGACACGUCGACUGCAAAGACCAAGGAAAAGGAAAGAAGAACUCCAAGUCGGAGCACAAGACGGGGACAGUGGGGAAGGGCGCUGGGAAGAAGAUCACCAAGAUCAUCGGGCUGGGCAAGAAGAAGCCGUCCACAGAUGAGCAGACCUCGUCGGCAGAGGAAGACGUACCCACGUGUGGCUACCUGAACGUGUUGUCCAAUAACCGCUGGCGAGAGCGCUGGUGCCGCCUGAAAGACAACCAGCUGCUCCUCCACAAGGACCGGGACGACCUGAAGAGCCACAUCGCCUCCCUGCCCCUCCGAGGCUGCGAGGUCAGCCCCGGCCUCGACCACAAGCACCCCUUUGCCUUCCGCCUGCUUCGUAACGGCCAAGAGGUGGCUGUGCUGGAGGCCUCCUCCUCUGAGGAGAUGGGUCGCUGGUUGGGGGUUCUUUUGGCAGAGACUGGCUCCACCACUGACCCAGCCACCCUGCAUUACGACUACAUCGACGUCGAGACCACCGCCAACGUCAUCCAGCUGGCCAAGCAGUCCUUCUGUUUCACCAGUAAGCGUGCUGUCUCCCCUAACCCGUACCUGGACAACCCUGUCAACGGCUACGCCUGCCCCACUGGAAUGGCUCUGCACUAUGACGAUGUGCCCAUUAACGGAAUGGACCCGGAGGCACUGUACUCCAGUCCCAGCACAGGGGGUCGCCAACCGAAAGAGGAGGUGCACUAUGAGAAUGCUGAACUCCAAGAGAACAUGCCCCCACCCAAGCUGACGGCUCGCUAUCCUCCUAAGCCUUCCUCUUCUUCUGCUUCUUCUUCCUCCACCUCUACCAGUCACUACAAAACCCCUGUUUCUAAAAUCUCCUCUAAGUUUCUAUCUGCUGAUACUAAAACUAAAGACACUGCUCAGCUGAAGGGAAAGAAGGGCGCAGCCACCAAUGGGAUGGCAUCAAAACAGAAGGCAGAGCCAAAGAACCAGCCAAAGAAGAAUGGAGUCAAUGGGACAAAUGGGACAGCCUCUCUGAAACGCAACAACUCCAAUGCAGAGCAGUGCAAGUACGGGAAGAACCGUGUGGAGGCCGACGCCAAACGUCUGCAGUCCAAGGAGGAAGAGCUGAUGAAGAGGAAGCAGGAGAUCAGGAACCAUCUGACCCAGCUGAAGAAGGAGAGGAGAGACCUGCGCAAUGCUGUGGAGGCUGCUGCUGGCAAACGUUCACACGGAUCUCUGUCGGAACGACUGAAGAAGGUGGAGGAGGACUGCCGGCAGAAGGAGGAGGAGAGGGUGAACCUGGAGCUGGAGCUGACUGAGGUGAAGGAGAGCCUGAAGAAGGCCCUGAGUGGAGGGGUCACCCUGGGCCUUACCAUCGAACCUAAAGCUGGCUCCUCUGGCCUCCAGUCACCGGCGAUGUUGCGACGGACACAGGAGUCUUCUCCCUUCUCCAGCUGCGACACCAGUGACACAGAGUCCUGCUCCCUGCCGGUCAACAGCGCCUCGCUGCUCCGCCGGCAGCAGGCCGGCCAGAAGGCCUCACCAGUUCGAGGACACGUCCUCAGGAAGGCCAAGGAAUGGGAGCAGAAGAACGGCACAUAAACCGCUCACCCCUCACAUCAGUCUUACUUUAACUCCUUUUUUUUUUUUCUUUUUAAGAAAUUGUCUAUAUAUUUAUUUAAAACUGUUCAUACAGUCAGAGAGCGUUGAGGAGGACACAAUCAUAGCAUUCACAUCAACCAAAACAAGUGGCUGGUUUUAGUAUACUGUUAGUACCAAAGCAUACAGACACAGCAACCUUUUUUAAACUUUUAUACUAUUGAGCAUGCUCAGUGUACUUGUGUUGUCCGCUCUACUUUCUUUUCAAGCAAACACCAGUCUUUUUUUUUUUUUCACUCAAAAUCUGUUCCAGCAGUUUGGGUUCAAAAAGUUCAAAAGUCAAAACCAAGUAUUUAUUUGUAAAUGUUUAAAGGAAAUACUAGCUUCCCUUUGUUUAUUUAUGUUGAUAUUUAAAGUUGUUUCUUUUUUGAAGAAUUUGUGGCGCUCCACACAAUCCCACUUCCAACACCAUUAACGCUUCUCAUUCCUGGGUGUCAGCAUGAGCAGACAGAGAGCACCUGUGAGGGUCACAGUAAUCCUAACACACACCAGCUGAGCAACAAUGCAGCUCCUCUCUGAGGGCUGUUUAAAGAAGCACAGUUAUUCUCAAGAUCAUCCAAAUAACCUGGGUCAAUGCAACAUAUAGAAAACAAUAAAGCACACGUUAAAGGCACAGUUUGUCUGGUAGGAAUUUAGCCAUUUCUCCAACUUGUCCACAGUCAGGCUGUAUUCAAAGAUGCAUCUGUAUGUCCCUGACAUGUGCAGUUUGAACGAAUGUUGGUGGGUGAGGGUGAAUCCCCUGUUUAUUUUGCUAAUUUCCUGUUUCCUUGUGAAAUGCAACAACACUGAAUUUAUACAAAUACUGUGUGUAUACUCUGGAGUCCUCUGAGCUUCAGAGAGGAUAAAACUACCUUUGUGAGGAGCCCAUUAUUGAUUGCAACUACACACACACAUAUGGAUAAAACUGAAAGCAAAAACUUAAAGCACACGGUUUCAGAGUUGUCUUGCUAACGAAAUAAUUGUGCUUCUUUAAUUAGUCCCUUAGUGUGAUGAUGGAUUGCUGUUAUUAGACUCUAAUGGGGUGUGUGUUCUUGGAAAGUCAGGCAGGUCAGGCUCGGGCGUGGCCACCUUUUAGAUUUGGCGCUCAUCGUCAGAAAACUCUGAAACCUCGGCUGACAUGGCUGACGUUAGUCCCUCACCCAAACGCCUCAGUCCAACUCCUGUAAUCACACCACCGCUCUACUGUAGCCCUGUGAUCUGACUGUGUGUGUGAGAGAGUGUGUGUGUGUGUGUGUGCAUGUGCGUGUGUGUGUACUCAAAUGUCUCCAAGGCACAUUCCAAACCCAUCAACAAUACACUGACUGAAAUAGGGACACUUGCUGUAAACUCUAAUUGCUGUGUGUUCUGCUAAAGACUGUGACUUCGAUUUUCAGACUGCCACACACACACACACACACACACACACAUACACAUACACAGACACUCAUCACUUGUCACAUUUCAAUGGUGCUUUAUUGGUAAAGACUUUAUGUUCCACUGCCUAUGCUUUGCAGCCCCUGUAGAUACACUAGGUCCUCUGUUGAUUGACAGAAGUAGCGUUAGAGUUUGGAAAUCAAGGCUACAUAUAGCACAUAGCGCUAAUUGCUCCUCAACCUUGUAAAUAUUUUCUAUCCCUGCUUUCAGAUAAAUACCCCACAGGUCUGCUAGAGUGUAGUCAGCAUGUUAGCAUGAAGACAGGCGAAGGGGAGUUAUAUCUACAUGUAUUUAGUUCAUUAUGAUUCCCUGUCUGCUCAGUGAGGCUUGUAACUGAGCAGGAUAUCUGAUGUCAGUAAAUGUGAACCUGCUGUACAUACAGUAGCUUGGCUUUGUGGGAAGGGGGGGUGAGGGGUGGGGGGGGUCAGACUCAUGCAUCAGUGUUUGUUUUUGCACCUUAUACAUUUUCUACUCUUUUGUAUAUCUCAGACAGUCUCCGGCUCGGUGACAGACGUGCUUGUACAUAAAUGAAUAAACUCCCCUGACAAACA